AUGGCACUAAAUGACAAGUAUUCUACACUUCCUGGUCUGGAUACGGGGAAAGAUGUUUAUGAAACACCUGACUUUGUAGAAGAUCAAUGGGUAGAAUCAUCUAUUCAGUUUGAAAGGGAAGAAACGCAGAAUGAAGACAUUAGUAAUGAUCGAUUGAAUCUUGGUCAAGCAAAAAACCGAUUUUUAAAGGAACAAGUGGAAGCAGAAGAUGUUGAUUUUUCAGAACGAAUUAGAGGAAAAAGUAGAAAGUCAUAUGUGACAAGAAACUUUCAUGAUUAUGGUGUUAUUGAAGAGACAAUUGAUGAAAAACUUGCACGUUUACGAAGAGAAUUGGAAGAAGUUAGAGAAGAACUGAAACACAGGAAAUUUCAGGAAAAUAAAAACGAAAAUGGACCAAUUAAUAAAAGUUUCGCAGAUUUGAGUGAAUUAGAUUAUCAAAUAGCCGAACUUGAAAAUCAGACAAAAAAGAGUGCAAUUGCAACGCUUUCUAGGAGAUUGGAGGAAUUGUCUCUUCCAGAAUCUAUAAAUAAUGAUAAUAAAGAAGUUGUGAUGGAAACGAAUGAAUCAUUAAAUCAGCCGUUAAAAUAUACGUUAAAUUAUAAUCCGUCUUACAAAGAAAAGCAUUUUGAACCAAAUUUAUCAGAAUUUGAAAACCGUUUAACAAUGCUUGAAAAAUCAUUGGGAAUUGAUCAUAUACAUUCAUAUAAAUUACAGGCACCAAUCUUAUCAACACUGUCUUAUUUAGAUAAGAAAAUUACCUUAUUGACAUCAAAUAAAAGCUAUAUUGAUUCAAUAACAAAAAAAGUUAAGGAUUUAGUAGCAGAAAUGGAAAUUUUGCAUGAAAAAAAAACAAAAAUGGAUUCUGAAACAUCCGAAUUAAAUACUACUUCUCAAGAAAAAAAAAUUAAUGCUUUAUAUGAGAGUUUGGAAAUGAUAGAAAGCAUCUCCCCUAUUCUUCCAAAUCUUUUAGAUAGAUUAAAAGCUUUACGUAUUAUUCAUGCUGAUGCUGCUGCUGUAACAACUGGACUCAAGGAUUGUACACAACGACAGCAUAUUAUUCAAGAUGAGAUGAUAGAAUUAAAGGAAACUCUUCAAAAAGUUGAGUCUGCGAUGAAAGAAUCAAAAAUGACAAUUCAAUCUAAUAUGAUAGAAAUUGAAAAUAUGGUUAAGGAACUUGAACAAAAGGUAGAUCAUUUUGAAAAUAAAUAA